GACAACUGGGCCCAGGUAGGAUGACUGCAAACAAAGAUGGCGGAGAAUUUCUCCCGGAACUUGUGGUGUUUGACUUAGAUUAUACAUUGUGGCCUUUUUGGGCUGACACCCAUGUGUCUCCACCCUUUACAAGAAAGAGUAAUGGCUCAGUACAAGACAGAAGUGGAAACAAGGUGAAUCUGUAUGAUGACACAUCAGAAAUUCUGAAGCAUCUCAGCUCUAAAGGAAUGCGUCUUGCUGCAGCUUCCAGAACUGAAGAUCCUCCCACAGCCCAGGAGUUAUUGAGAAUUCUUGACAUAGACCAGUAUUUUUCUUACAAGGAGAUAUAUCCUGGGUCAAAAGUUACUCAUUUUAAAAGAUUUACAGAGGCAAGUGGAAUUGCAUACUCCAAUAUGCUUUUCUUUGAUGAUGAAGAAAGGAAUAUUCAUCAGAUUAGCAGACUAGGUGUAACUUGUGUUUUGGUGAAAAGGGGAAUGACUUAUACUGUCUUACAAAGUGGACUUGCGCAAUUUGCAGCUAAUCACAAGUAGAAAUUUAUUGAGACAGCCUACAGAAAUGCUUCCUUUGUGAAAGGAAGGAGGUGCCAAUACCUCAUCCUCGGAGACCCAGGGGCUGUGGGUCGAUUCCAAGUUAGGGCAUGAAGAG